UUGCACAUUUACUGUGAACAGUUGAUGAAAACACACACAAGAUGUUAGCGAUGUAGAUAGAGACAGCGAAGCUAAGGGAACACGAGAGCGAUGCAGCGGAGGGAUACCGGAGUGCACAGCGGCGCAGCUGCGCAGAGACACUGGGCAGAGGAUAAAUGCUGUAGCGGUGACAUAUUUAAUUUUUGCUCAAAAUAAUCCAACGAAUCGCCAUUAUGCCGGGAAUGAUGGACAAAGGGUCGGAAUAUCUGGGGAAAGGUCGCUCAAAUGGGACGAAAAGCCCGUCUAACGCCUCGAAUGGACAUUUUUCGGACGAGAGCGGCAGCGACGACGAGCACGAUGUGGGCAUGCGUGUGGGCUCAGAUUAUCAAGCUUAUAUUCCUGAGUUUGAUCCAGGCUCCACAAAAUACAGCGAUAAAGACAACGGUGGCAUGUUGGUUUGGUCUCCAUAUCACACCAUACUUGACUCUAAAUUGGAUGAGUACAUUGCAAUUGCGAAAGAAAAGCAUGGAUAUAAUGUUGAGCAGGCUCUCGGCAUGCUCUUCUGGCAUAAACACAACAUCGAGAAGUCCCUUGCUGAUCUGCCAAACUUCACCCCCUUCCCUGAUGAGUGGACGGUGGAGGACAAGGUGUUGUUUGAACAAGCGUUCAGUUUUCAUGGGAAGAGCUUCCAUCGGAUCCAGCAGAUGUUGCCGGACAAAUCCAUAUCCAGUCUUGUGAAGUACUACUAUUCGUGGAAAAAAACGCGAUCCCGGACGAGUCUGAUGGACCGACAAGCACGAAAGCUGGCAAACCGGAGUAAUCAACAUGAAAGUGAGGAAGAGAUGGAAGAAGCCAACCCUGUUGAGGCCCACGACCGUGACUAUGACCCCACCAAAGAGCCGAAGAAGGAGAGUCAUGCAGAGCCUCAGACGCUGAGCUCCAAAAUUGCACUGGGACGCAGAGAGCACCAGACCCUGCAGCACCGUCACCACAGCCAGCGGGCCAAGUGCUGCCCUCCCAGAGGCAUGUACCUCACACAGGAGGACGUGGUGGCCGUCUCCUGCAGCUCCAGCGCCGCUAACUCGGUCCUGCGGCAGCUCGACAUGGAGCUGGUGUCCCUGAAGCGACAGGUUCAGAAUGCCAAGCAGUUAAACAGUGGACUUAAGCAGAAGAUUGAAGAUGGAAUUGAUGAAUUCAGACUGCCUGAGUGCACCCAAAAAAUUAAUGCCCGCUGGACAACAGAUGAGCAGCUUUUGGCAGUACAAGGAGUACGGAAAUACGGGAAGGACUUCCAGGCUAUUGCUGAUGUGAUCGGGAAUAAAACGCUGGGACAGGUGAAGAAUUUCUUUGUGAACUAUCGGCGGCGCUUUAACUUGGAUGAGGUGCUUCAGGAAUGGGAGGCGGAGCAGGGCGCUCCCAGCGGAGACGGUGCCAGCUCUGCUGAGGAUGGGAAGAACAGCAACAGCUCCUCGGGAAAGAGCACCGAUGAGGAAGAGGAAGAGGGUCAGGUGACCCCAGCCUCGGGUCCGUCUCCUGGAGCCACAGCAGCGUCUCUAACAGCAGCCAGCAGCUCUGGCUCUCUCAACCAGCCUCCACCU